AAGGAAAAGACGCGCCCUAAAGUUGGCAGUGUUAAUAAAUAUGUGAUAUCAGACGCACUACAGGCACUUCAUCCCCGGGCCACAGAAGAGAAGAUGGGGGUCAGAAACAUGACAGGAUUGAUAAAAAGUCAGAACAUUUACAAGGAGGAAUGGUUCUGCGCAGGACGUUUGGUGAUAGACGGAUCCAAUCUGGUUUAUCACCUUUAUUUUACUUCAGGCUUGGAUCAGAACCAUGGGGGGGAAUACGGUGCCUUCAAGGAACUGGUGGAGCAGUUUUUUGGGGCACUGAAAGAGUGCGACAUCUCUCCGUACGUGGUGUUCGAUGGCUGCUCGGACAAACAGAAAUGUGACACGGAGAGAGAGCGAGGGAAACAGCGCAUUGAGAGAGCCCACAACGCUGUGGAGACGGGGAAGGCCACGGGCAUCCUGCCAACCCUCAUCUGGGAGGUGUUCAGACAGACACUGGAGGACCUGCGUAUCCCUUUGGCUCGCUGCUACACCGAGGCCGAUCAACAGGUGGCAGCACUGGCUCAAGAGUGGGCCUGUCCUGUGCUCUCCGUCGACAGUGACUUCUUCAUCUUCCCCCUUACAGGAGGAAUGCUGCCCACUGAACACUUCAGGUGGAAGGCGGUGGAGCAGCGUGAUGGAAAGAAGUGCAUUCCCUGUAAGAGAUACUACUCCUCUCACUUCUGUGACGUCAAUAAAAUCCACCCUCAGCUGUUGUCCGUCUUUGCUGUUUUGGCGGGAAAUGACUACAUAAACAUCCCACUGCCGACUGGUGCCUCCAGACAAAAGGAGUCCAAACUACAUGCUUUACUUGAGUGGAUCAGAGGUCUGAGUGAGGAUGAUCCUGUGGAGGUGAUGAAGGCCGCUCUGAGGGGCCAACCACAGGCAGAGGAGAAGCUGAAGACUCUCCAGGAGGCAAACGAUCACUACAAACUUCCAUCUGACCCAAGUCCUCUGAUCGAGUUCUUCAGUGAGGGCAUCACCCCACCACUGCCCCCACAGAUGGAGGGGAAGAUUCCUGAUUGGAUGAGAGUCCCAGUGACUAAUGCCCAGUUCAGCUCAGACUUCCUGGAUGUGGUGACCUCACAGCGAGUGGGUCUGAGCGUGGUGGUGGACCAUAAGGACAAACCCAGUGUUAACCUGGUCUCUCUGCCCCUGAGGAGGGUGAUGUACGGGCUGCUGCUGGGGACGGACAGACCCCCAACUGUGGAGGAACGUGACAGAGAUGGACUGGACGUCCAAUACAAGAACGUCCAACCAGAGGAGGUCCCAUUCUGCAUCAAGUCUCUAGAGCAGAAAACAGAGGAGCAGCGGCGUCAGGUGCUACUGGACGCCCUGGGACUGGACCCACAGUUCCACACGUCACUGCCCUCUCACCUGUCUCACCUGACACUCCCGAUGGCCGCCACCUGCUAUUGGCUAAAGGAGGCCACGCCCCCUCCGCACCUGUCACUGCUGAAGGCCCUGCUGAUUGGCUGGUGCAAAGGUGGUGACCUCAGAUCAAAAGCAGCCGAGGACCCAGAUUCGAGGCAGAGGUUGGACUUGGACUGGUGUCACUGGCUGAAUGAAUGGCAGUCAUGUUUCAGAGAGAGUUUUCUCCUGAAUCAGCUGCUCGGAGAGCCUCUCCCACAGCCGACCAUUGCAGAGUUGUACAGUGGAACGCUGCUUCAUGUUCUGCUUCACAAAAUGAAGACAGGGCGACUGGGGAACUUGUGCAGUGGAGAGGAUUACCGUGCUCUGCUCAACUUCGCACAGACACAUGGAAAAAGGACAGACGAUGGGAAGAAGAGGAAGUCUACAAACUGGAAACAACAAAAUAAAAGAGCAAAGUAAAAGAGACAACGCUUUUUUAUUUUGCUUUUAUUUACUUUGCAGCUGAUGUCAUCAACAUUCUCUGGGGGUGUGGAUCUAACUGGAGGCUCUAACAGCUCUGAAGCUCUGAUACUCAAGUUACACUUUAAUCUGAGUUUUUAUUUGAACAUAAUCUGACCAGAAAGAACUGAUUUAUGUCUCUCACACAUAAAAUUAUCAUGUUUCAGACUAUAAGUCACACUUUUUUUCACGGUUUGGGUGUUUCCUGUGAUUUAAACUUCAGUGCAAUUUAUAUAUUAAAAAUUUCAAACUGAAGCCACGAGAGGCUCUAGUCUUGUGUGUGAGUAUCUGCUGCUCCUGUUCCUCCUGCACCACUGUCACUUCACUCUACUGUGCAUGUCUCCUGCAGAAAGAGCCUCUGUUCUGUCUGUAUCAUGUCAGUCGAUUAAACCAUUACUUCUGCACCACUGAACAAUUUAACAUUUAAACAAACUAAAGGCCAAUUUACGGUCCAGCGUCAAAUCGUCUGCGUCACGACGCAGAGGGUCUGCAUCGACUAACUAUUUCUAACUAUGUGUUGAAAUGAUGCAGACAGCAGGGGAAGCGGCGUAGACAAUAAGAGCUGUGAUUGGUCCUCCCUACCACCGCACUACAUACAUUUCCUGUACUUUGCUUUCUUUUCUUUCAUAUACAUUGAGAAAUAGUAGUGUUUAAUGCAGAUUUGCACAUAUUUGUUUACUUUUUACAAAAACUAAACUUAAAAUCACAUGGCUAACUUGCAUAAACAAAGUGCUCAAAAAACAGCUCGCUAUUGUGCGCUGAUGCGGUUCAGCUUCUGUCGGACUUAAAAAGGACACGACUCAGUGUAAUAUGUGUGUUCUUUCUGUGAUAGAGGGAUGUUGUACUAAUGCUGAGUCUGUUCUGUGCUUUUAUCACAUUGGAGAUAGUUCAUGUUAAACUUUUCAGAGAUUAUACGUCUGCUGGUCAUACACAUAGACCGUACAUAUGAAUGGGUAUAUAUCCUAGCCCCUAGCGUUUUGGUGGUGAAUUACUUAGCGGUACAUAAACCUCAAUGCAGAUCCAUAAAUCAAAAACGACAGCGACAAGGCGACGGCGGCAGUGCGCGUUGAGUUGAUGCAGAACUAUACUUCACCCUUUAUAAAGAUGACUGAGAAGACUGAACACAAAUGCUCCCAAAAAAAAAAUCAUGUUUUGCAGAUUACAAACUUCAAGUAGUGAAGUUUGCAGCAGAAAACAGUAAACAAGCAGCAGAAAGAAAGCUUGGAGUGAGCGAGAAACUUGUGACAUCGGGAGGAUGCACCAUGUGACUUCUUCUGGACUCACUGGAUGGAUGGACAAAGUCUGGACUUCAGUGACACUGAAACCAUCCUGUCGGGAUUCAGAAAGACCCGAAUAAUUCUAACUGGAACUGAUGCUGAGUCUGACGACAGCGACACAGAAGAGGAAGCGGUCGCUCUGUUUACUUCCGGAGGUCGAGGUUGAGUUGUUCAGAAGUGACACCGAGGAUGAAGAAUUGAAUGGAUUUAGUGAUUUGGAGUGAGAUGGAGAGUUUGUUAAACUUGUUCUGUUCUGUUGUUUAUGUUAUAGUUUAUCUGAAGAACUGUUCAUAUGUGAUGUUAACAGUCUGUUGUUCUCUUUAUUACUGUAACUUGCCUUUCUACAUGAAAUGUCGGUUCUUGGUCUCUGAUUUUAUCAAAUUAAUUUCUCCCACAAAGGGUGACUUAUAGUCCAGUGUGAUUUAUAUAUGUUUUUUGCAAAGCUUUGGGGGCAGGAGUGCUACUUGGAUAUACAAAAAAAUUGCAGAAUUGUUCUUUUGUUUUUUGGGGUUUUUUUUGUAUUCAUUACUCAUUUUUUGGUGCAACUUAUACUCCGGAUACUUAUAGUCUGAAAAAUAUGGUGCACUCACAAACUAUCAUCAGCCAUCUCUUUUUCAGUUUAGUCAGACUCACCUUAAUCACUCAAAAAAAUAAAAUAAAAUAAAAUAAACCCUAAACAGAACCAUGAACAUUUGUAUUGAUCACAGGCUUCUGAAAAUGUGUUGUUUAAAUCCAUCUUGCAGACAACCUGAACACUUUUUUUGACACUGUUCCUAAUGCAUGUAUUAAGUCACCAUAGUAACUACUGAACAUGCCACCAUAGACUUACAUGUAGAACACCCCCAGCAUGAAAUCACUGCAAAGUAUCUAUAAAGUAAAUUUUUUAAUCUUUGGUAUCAGGGGUAGGGGUAUCAUUUUGUCUCUCAAUCCCACAAUCUUUUAGGGCUGAGAUCACGUUUUUGGAUUUUAUUAUGAUUCAUGCAGUUUGUAUCUUGUGCUAUUUAUUCUCAAAUACUAACAAUCUCAAAUUCAUUUUUAUUUACAAAGCAACAGAAGAGUGGAAUGCAUUGCUGUCACCUUUAAUAAACACUGAACAAAAGACAAAAACAACUGGGAUAUUGUAUUGUAUUGUAUUGUGUGUCCAAAUAAGUUUCCUUGUGGCUUAAUAAAAUAAAAUCUAAGUGUACGUA